CUUAUAAAACCCUUCCAAAUCUGCCCAAAACACAUGGAAAAAAGCCUAAAAAAUUUCUUGAUAUUCCUUUGAUCUUGUUAUAUAUAAUCAGUUCGAUUUGGAAUAGGAUGGGCUUUAGAUCUGUUGCAGGGCUUCUUCUUUUUCUCAAUUUCUGCAUGUAUGCUAUAGUGUUGGGGAUUGGUAGCUGGGCCAUCAAUAGAGCUAUUGAUCAUGGCUUCUUCAUUGGUCCUGGAUUGGAGCUCCCGGCACAUUUCUCACCGAUCUUCUUCCCGAUGGGGAACGCAGCGACUGGCUUCUUUGUGACGUUCGCUAUGCUUGCCGGGGUGGUGGGUGUUGCUGCUGCUAUCUCGGGCCUCAACCAUCUUCGCCACUGGGAUGCCGGUAGCUUGUCUGCCGCGGCCACUGCUGCCACCAUUUCCUGGACCAUUACAUGCCUUGCCAUGGGGUUUGGAUGCAAAGAGAUUGAGCUGCACAUCAGAAACUCACGUUUGAGAACAAUGGAGGCUUUCAUGAUUAUUUUGUCUGCUACUCAGCUCUUAUACAUAGCUGCAAUUCAUGGAGCUGCUUCAGCCUCAAGAAUUUGACCCUAACCAUUUCUGUUUAUGACUUUGAGUCAAUUGUAUAAUUUCAUUUUCUAAGAUGCAAAUAAUUUUAUCAGCUUUUUUGGGUUA